CUCUGCUGUCUAAGGAUUUGCAUGUGCCUAGGUUUGACCUGGACUAUGGAGUUCUGAAUUUGUAGUGUAGGUGUAUCAUUGUGGGGCUGUUUGAGAUUUACUGCUAUGUUGUUGCCCUGGGUUGGUGGGUUGUUAUGGGUUUGAAGUGCGGGGGAGGAGGCAUAUAGCCCUACAAUGAUAUUUGCCUGCUACUGACUGAAACUAAAACUAGGGGAAGUUAUAGGAAAGGAUAGAUUCACAUAAAUUGCACAGUAACUAGUGAAAUGCUGACGUCAAGAGGUCAGGGUUCUACAAUUAGCAAGCUAUUUGAAUUGCACUGUUGAUUGACAGAUGUUAACUCUUAGAACACUAGCAUUUGCUAACCAGAUGACUGCUCUGAAAUAUUUUAUGGUGACAGCAUAUCACUUUGAGAGCAAUCGAACAUGCAAAUAGACCUUCCAAAAAUCAAGCAAGUUCUUGAAGAGAUUUAAAAAUAGAAAAUUUGGAGUUUUAUCAUGGAUCACAAGACCGAAGGGAAAAGGAAGCUGCGACAUAGCUUGACUUUACUGGAUCAAUUAAACAGUAUGAAAGAAUUAACACAAAUGAUUGAUGUGGUCCUUGUAGCAGAAGGUGAGAAGUUCCCCUGCCAUAAACUGAUAUUGGCUGCAUUCAGUCCCUAUUUCAAAGCCAUGUUUACCUGUGGCUUGCUUGAAUGCACCCAAAGAGAAGUGGUGCUCUAUGACAUCUCAUCAGAGAGUGUGUCCAUAAUACUCAACUACAUGUACAGUGCAGAUUUGAACCUCACUAAUUUCAAUGUCCAAAGUGUUGCUGUUGCUGCAUUUUUUAUGCAGAUGGAAGAUGUUUUCAAUGUGUGUCAGAAAUACAUGAUGGACCAUAUGGAUGCUUCCAACUGUGUGGGGAUCUACUAUUUUGCAAAGCACAUUGGGGCAGAAGAAUUGUCUGAUCAAGCUAGACAAUAUUUGUAUCAGCACUUUGCUGAGGUGAGCUUGCAUGAAGAAAUAUUAGAGAUUGAAGCACAGCAAUUGCUGAGUCUCAUAAGAUCAGAUGAUCUGAAUGUAUCCCGGGAGGAGAGCAUUUUGGACCUGGUCCUCAGAUGGGUGAACCAUAGCAGAAAAUCACGUGUUGAGCACCUGAUUGGACUCCUGAAGCAAGUGAGACUGGAACUUGUAAGCCCUUCUUUCCUGGUGGAAGCUCGGAAAAGGAACACGGUGCUUCUGUCUAAUUCAGAAUGCCAUGAUAUGAUUGAUGGAGCUUUAGAAACUAUAAAGAAACCCAACCACCCCUCUCUCAGUCUUCGCUAUGGUAUGGAGACCACCAGUCUUCUACUUUGCAUCGGCAAUAAUUCUCUGGGGAUUCGAUCAAGACAUGGUAGCUAUGCAGAUGCCAGUUUUUGUUACGCUCCUGCAACACAAAAGACUUACUUCAUUUCCUCCCCGAAGUAUGGUGAGGGUUUAGGAUGUGUGUGUACCGGUGUUGUCACUGAGAACAACGAUAUUAUUGUGGCAGGGGAGGCCAGUGCUGUCAAAAUGUCUAGACAAAAAGCCAAGAACAUUGAAAUUUAUAGGUACCGUGGUAGAGGAAACCGGUUUUGGCAAAGUUUGUGCACUGCUCAGUUUCGUGAACUCUAUGCCUUGGGCACUGUUCAUAAUGACCUGUAUGUCAUAGGAGGGCAAAUGAAACUGAAAAACCAAUAUCUGGUCACAAACUGUGUUGAGAAGUAUUCCAUGGAGCAAGAUAGCUGGAGAAGCGUGGCGCCUCUUCCGGUGCAACUGGCCUGCCAUGCUGUGGUAACAGUAAAUAAUAAACUCUAUGUGAUGGGAGGCUGGACACCACAGAUGGAUCUCCCUGACGAUGAGCUGGAUCGAUUAAGUAACAGAAUGUUGCAGUAUGACCCAGGCCAAGACAAAUGGACAGAGUGCACACCAAUGAAGUACUCCAAAUACCGCUUCAGCACAGCUGUAGUCAACAGUGAGAUUUAUGUCUUGGGAGGAAUUGGCUGCUUGGGUCGAGACAGGGGACAGGCACGGCAAUGUCUUGAUGCAGUGGAGAUUUAUAACCCUGAUGGGGAUUUCUGGAGAGAUGGGCCUCCGAUGCCUUCUCCUUUACUCAGCUUAAGAACCAACUCCACUAAUGCAGGUUCGGUGGAAGGGAAGCUAUAUCUCUGCGGAGGAUUUCAUGGAGCAGCUCGCCAUGAAAUUAUCACCAAAACGAUCCUAGAGCUGGAUACGUGGGGAAACCAGUGGAAUGUGGUGGCCGUCAACGUCCUCAUGCAUGACAGCUACGAUGUCUGCCUCGUAGCUAGACUGAACCCCCGAGAUCUCAUCCCCCCACCCUCUGACCUAGUGGAUCAAUAGAAAUGCAGUUGUUCCUUGUGCUUUCAGAUUCUGUGUAGCUGAAGAGCUCAGACUAGAGAGAGAUGUGCAGCUUGACCUUGGAACUGGCCUGAGGUGAAAACUGCGUUCUACAGAGAUGAGUCUGUGACAGGCUCAAGUAAGCAAUGCCUUAGACCUGUGAUUCUUUCAGCCACUGCUAUGUACUCAGUAUUGCUACUUCAGGCUUUUGUGAUUGAUACUAUGGGCUUCCCGUCCCAAUAAGCCUCUGGAGUUGGCCCAGGCACCCUACCACAGCACUUCAUCGUUUAGCUGUGUAAGCGCUAAUGUGCAAUGCAGUUUGGGCUGCUGUGGGCCUUAGCCUCACCAUCAUAGUUGCAGCCCAUAGCCCAUUGCAGGGUAAAACAGCACAACUGAAUGAGAGCCCUAGCCGUGAAGAUAAAGUUUUGAGGGAAGAUUCUGCCUUCACUUACAUUUGGGGCACCCCAUUGAUUUCAGCGGGGUUAACAAGGGUAUUAAGAGAUAGUAAACUUGGUCGAAAUUGGUACAGUUGUCCAAAAGAGGUAGGUUGAAGCUGGCCCAGUGCAUGAGCAGUGGUAGUGGGAGAGAAGAGGCAAGGAGCCUUCCUUUCUUUUGCACUCCUGCAGAGCGGCCAAGCAUAGUCCUAGUGGGGAACACAGACUAGAGCAAACAGUAACACUAACUACCUGAAAGAGGUUGGGAUGAAUGUGGGCCGUGGCCCUACCUCCAGCCCCUCAACAGCCUGUGGAGGUGAACCAGUUUUGGGGGAGAACAUCUUGCAUCUUCUCUCAGGAUUCUGGAGCUCCUGUACCAGUGUCAGGAGGAAAUCCAGCUCUCAAGGCCUUGUGCUGCUGUGUGACCAGGUGUAGCCAGUGCCUUGAAGGUACAAUCUGGUUCAGUUUCUAAGUCCUUCUUAGUUAGAACUUUGAAUACAUUAUUUGAAGGGGGAGGGAAUGAAACACAAAAAUAAAAAUUAAACCAACUUUAUCAUCAGCUGACGAGAUUUGCUGCCAUGCAUCCACACAAAGAGAACAAAGAUUCCGAUGGCAGCUCCUCAGCAGUCUUGCAGUCAUUGUUUAUAUCAGGCUCUUGUUUAAAUAGAAAUAGCUUUCAUAUAGCAUGGGGAUAAACUCUGCACCCAAAGGAGGAUUUUGCUGUUUCCAGAGGGACUAAGAGUAGUUCAGACAGAAUGAUCACAUUGAGCUUCUUGAAGCAGCAUUAGGUUCACAGGAUUAGAUGACAGUAGACUAGAAAUGUGCUAAAGUCUCGCCAGGUAGCUGACUUCCAGUUUGAAUUAGUAAUAUCCAUUCAUGUGUACUCUGGUGCCUGCCUCAUUGUGUGUCUGAGUGUCAUUUCCUAGGCAGUACAGGCCAGAGGAUUGGGAAGCUGAGCAGUUCUGUUGGGCUGAAACUACAAUUGAGAAGAUGCUGCUUUACUCGUAUAAUGAGACCAUCAUUGGAGAACACGACAAUAUGUUAUAAAGUGCUGAAACGCUCAGUAAUUAAUUUGCAGAAAAAAAGUUGCUGCUUAGGGUCACAAGACCAACAACAAAACUGGCAAGAAGUGAUCAGCAAAGACAGACUCAGUCCCCUUCAAGAGUUUGAGGACCGUUACUUGCAGAGCAGGAUUCACAUAUUGGAAUGGGUGCGCUACACUCUUCUUGAAUCAUAUAUUUGGUUGCAAAAGUUCCAGCAGUUUAUAAUUCUCUCUGCUGUGACCGGUAGCAGGAGGGAUGGAGAAGAUGACCCAAAUGGCCUUUCCCAGCUCUAAUUUCUGUGAUUCAUGAACUAUUCCCUUGAGUAUCCAGUGGAACUAUCAAUCUGUUUUAUAAAAACACUCAACAGGAAGUUCACCAAAAUUUGCUGGAUAUAUACAGUACUGCACUGAGGGUCAAUUGAGCAGUGGGUAUUUUGUUUUUUAAAAGGAAAGAAGAAAUGAGGCUGUGCUCCUUAUGACUCAGCUCUUAUCUCUCUGCAUGUUCCGUAGGCAGGAUAUGUUUGACAGUCUAAACUUUCACAUUUGUGUCUAUCACCUCUGUAACAUUAAAUCAUUCUUGUUUCUUUCCUAGGUUGACAUGUGACCCAGUGUAACUUUAGGGCAGUGCUGCUGCCAAAAUUGCCUCAGUGCUACAAACUAAGGUGGCCAGUUCUUAGGAUCUCUCCUGAAAAGUUGGGUUUUUAAAUGCUCUUUGCUGUCAGUAUCCAGGUGACAUUAAAGUUGCCCUUUAAUGUGUUGUAAAAAACACUAGAGAGUUUACACAGUUUCCUAAAUCGUAACAAAGGAAAUUUUCCUUAACCCUUGCUGUUACUGCAGAAAAAUUAUAUCUGUUGUGUUGAGUCAUUACAGUUCAGCUAUGCAGCUUACUAGCUUACAGGGAGUGAUACUCUUACAUGACAGCUCACUUAGGUGGAAAGUUCUUAGAGACAUAGUAUCUAUCGUCAAGGUUACUUUGAACACUGCAUCAACCUCUGUCGGUUUUGUUUCCUUUGUUAUUUUUCAUUUACAGCUUAGUGGGGGAAAAAGUGUGUGUUUGUUUGUUUGUUUUUAUGACUACUCCUGCUCUGGCUUCUGUUUCCUAAGGCUUGAAACUUAACUAGAUCUACAGAGGAU